CUUCUUGCAUCAUCGGCGGCGGGAACAGCAACUGCAGCAGUGGAUGAACUUCAAGAGCAGCAGCGCGCGGUCCUGUGCGUGGAUAGUUCAGCGAUUCUACAAAAACCGGUGGAAGAACUCCGGUGUUUGGAAGGCUUCCGGUCCUGGCACGACAUGAAACUGGCGCCGCAGUUGCGCUGUCGACAAAAAUUUUGGGCGGAGAAGGAGGCAAUCGAGUUGCGGAAAUUCAUGCUCAAGCAAGAUUUCUUGGACAAACACGAGGCAAAGAAUAAGAACACGGCAGAAAACGCAACAAUACAGCAGGCGGAGAAGAUCGUCGAGAAGUACAACCUGGUGGGCACGCAGAGCGGCAGUUUAGACCGGGGUUCCGGGAUCGGGUCGGAGCUCCCGGACAAACGGAAGGUGGAAGUGAAAACGAUGGAGAAGUAUCUGAUCGGGCACAACGACGUCGAUAACUCGAUUGGCAGUUUCAUGGUGCCGUUCCUGCACGAACAGAGUCGUGGUCAGGAUGAAAUAGUAGAUUUUGAGAAUGGGGAAGAGAACCCCAACGGACAAGAACAACGGGAGUACACAAAAUUUUUCACCUCCUUCGCGCCCUUUUCGUUGGAUCACCCGCUAGUGGUGCCUUUGAACAAGCCGAAAAAAUUGAACGAGAAAUUCACCGAGGUAAUCACAACCACCGCGGAGAGGUUGCUGCACCAGAUGCAGGAGGAUAUCUACCACAUGCUUCCGGCAACGAGAAACACGCACGAGCGGCAGAACGCAUAUCCCACAGGAAAAAGCUGGCAGUGCAUAUUGGUAAUGCCAAAACGCAUAGGGAAUCGCAAAAAAAAACCGUAGUGCGGAUCCUAAAUAGCAUGCUCAGGCGGGCUCGCGAGUGGCAUACUUUUCUGUGUAUUUGUUUUUGCAUGACAUGCCUUGCCUGCUUUUUUUCUGUGGGAUAACGCUCGCAAGGUGUUGACAGAGGUGGAACUUUUAGAGUUGGAAAACCGGGGGAUUGCGUUGGGUUUGGAAAGGACAAACAGCUCCGUGCUGCACAGCAUCACCACCUUUGAGGAUUUGUCAUUAUUACUCAACGACCCGACUUUAGUCGAAACCGAGUCGCAGGAGCAGGCGGCCGAAAUCUUUGAGAAGAUCAACAGCCCGUCGUCCCCGGGCGAAACACGCGGGAAAAUUUUGGAGGAAGAGGACGAGGAGGCAGCACGGUUAAGCGAGGGUGCGGCUGGUGGCGUUAUAAAAAAUCAGGCGAAACAAGAAGUAGAACCAGGAUUGCAGCUAGACUCGACGUCCUCUUCGAACCCAAGAACGCAGCAGCAGCCGCACCACCUGCAGCGCAAACUGAACAUUUGUUACACGCCAGUCGGCGCGUCUUCGAAAAGUGUCGAGCCCUUCCUCGUGCCCGAGCGGGUGGCAAAGGAACAGUUUCUGCGGGAGCAAGGGGAGGAGAUAGAGGAGCGCGCGGCGUUUAACAGCACGGGGUGUUGGCUGCUUUUGUUGCUUCUCGGCUGCUUCUGCUGCGGCUUGUUUGGUCUCGUGGCGUGGGGCGAGCGGGGCGCGGAGUAUUAUUUGGACGGCCACGAAGGUGAUCUCGAGGCUGGCAACAAACCGCUCACCGAGAAUAUCAUUUGUAAAAACGUCCCCACCCCAGGGUUGUCAUGCAAAUCUGCAUGCUGAAAAUGUUUCUCAUGCGGAGACCCAUGAGAAACAGUGUCUAGUCGUGUUGUGGGAUUUGUGAUGCUAGAAUCAGCAUGAUAUGCUAAAUCUGUGAUGCUGCUGAACAAGCUAAACAGGAUUACACUGCGGGGUCAAACUUGUCAUGCGCAACAGCAAAAGCUGACAGAUUUGUCUAGCAGAUUUCCCAGCUUGACUCUUGUGUGGGGACGUUUUUACUCAGGAUAGAGAAGCAAAAGCGGGGCAUGCGGAAUUACAACGUGGCCACGGAUAGUCGGACCGCCAGCCAGGUUGGGCGGGAGGACGCGUACGGCAGGUGGGGAUCGCGCGGCACGUUUCCCGCCUGGGGGUCAAUGUCGGACGCGAUGUACCGGAUUUUUGGCCAGAAGGACAGCGAUCAUGAGGUGGAACAAGCAGUGACCACGACCCCGCCAUUGCUGUCCCCGGCGGACGACGACCAAAGUGCGCACAGUAGGAGUAAACAAGCGAGCUCUGCUAGUCCUCGCGACGACCAGAGCAGUCUCGAAGAUUCUACUUACCCGCUCUCCGAUUUUCCGGCGCCGGUCAGCGCAGACGUGAUCCGGGAUCGCCACGGAGUGAGUGAAAGUUACGAGCAGCUCGGCGUUCUCCAGAACUUCGAAAAGUACCCGAAGCGGGCCGGCUAUGGAUGUGUCAGGAUCGAAAUCGACAAAGUCGAAAGAUUUGUGAUGCAUAAAAUGUAGGGCACUGAAGUGCUGUAUUGGGGAGCAGGCAAAUGAGACCGAUUGUGAGCCUUUUUAGGGGUAUACAAUGUGCUGCCAGAGUAGCAUGACAGGGGCAGUCUUCUUUGCCCAAACAGCAUGACAGACUGGAUUUGGGUGCUCCCGAGACUUGUCAUGCGCCACUUGGAGACUGGGGCUCCAACUGACAUCGAUUCUGUGCAUCACAAAUUUUUCGACUCUGUCAAUUUCGAUUCUGAAACUUCCAUACCGGCCCGCUGCGUGGGAAGGUGAUCCGGGACCGCGAUGGGGUGCAAGAGCACUACGAGCGGGUCGGCGUUUUGCAGAAUUUCGAGAAAUAUCAAAUGUAAAAAUGUCUGGGUCUGGAAAAGUGUACGCCUGUCAUGCAGAUUUUCCAUGACCCAUGAGGUCUGGAAUGCGGGACUUAGCAUGACAGACUCUGCGAGGUCUCUGCCAUGCCUGUCCUGCGUGAGAAACUCCCCUCCAACCUUGUCAAAAGUGUACAGCUUUUGGCACUCAUGCAACACAGAUUUUCGCAUGCUUCAGAUUUACCAUGACAAGUUGGAAUCUUCCAGACCCAGACGUAUUUGCAAUUGAUAAGAAAGCACCGACGCGGCUGGUCGGCAAGAGGACGCGGGACCGCAUCGAGGAGAAGAAGCGGAGCAUCGGCGAAAAACCGGUGGAAACUGCGGGGGUGCUGCAGAACUUCAUCAGAGCAGGGAUGCGGAAAGUUUCCGAGACGGUCGCGGGCAUUUUUGAGGAGGAAACUAAGCCAGAAGAAGUAGGGGCGCGUAGAAGUACAGCAACAAGAACCCAAGGAGAAGUAGAAGUGACCUCCGACCCGGACGGGAGAGCGUCGAUGCUGCAAAACUUCCAGAAAGCCACCGUGGGGCACCAUCAUGAUAGUACUACACCCAGGGCGGGAAAGAAACGAGCGCAGAGCAAAGAAUCUGCGAGAGGACUCGGACGAACAAAAGCGGCGCCCUCGAAAGGAAAAGCGUCCUCAUCUUCCAAAGUAGCCGCGGAGCAGAAAAAGGAAGAGAAACGGGAAAUAAGAGCAAGUGCCGCCGGGGCGCUGCAAGUGGAGGAAGUUCUUGCCGUUCGAAAUUCCAACGGGGGCGGGAAAACAGCCCUCGGAGCUGCAGAACUUGGCAUUGGCCUCGCGGCGAAGUACGGAGCAGCAGGGGUCGUGGGGGAUAGAGGGAACACGGAUGUUGAGCAGCCAGCACCAACGGGUGGAGUGCUUUCGACCUCACCGUCGGAAGUGGAAAAUAAUUUUCCUGGAGCGACAACUACGUCCGAAGAAACAUUAACCGACAAUAGUGCAGCAGGUGGUGCUUCAGCCAAAAAUUAUGCUGACCAAGAUCUAUCCCUCCUCCCUCCGAGGAGAGAACGGGUCAUCAAAGCUGUUUCGCCGAUAGGGCUGAUCCAAGAGAAUUUUGGCGCUACGAAAACCAAAGCGAAGGCGCAGGUAAAAGCCGUGAGGGCGAAGGCAAAAGCGGCUCUCUCCCCCCGCGCGGCCAAGCUGAAAGAGCAAGCGGGGGAACUGAAGCAGCAAAUCGCGAACAAAGUCAGCAAAAACGGAAUAGGGAUGAAGUACAACAGGGGAGCUGCUGCACCAAAGGGGGUUGAGCCGGGGCUUGUGAGCUCUUACCCCGUGAUGUUGCCGCAGAAUUUCGAGCAAGAGGAUGUCUUCAAGAAGCAGACUAUGAAGAAGCAAAACUCCGCUACCAUUGUCCCCGACCCGAUGUCCAUCGUCGAUUUAAACAGCCUGAGUCCGCUGGAAAGAGCGGGCUCAACGGACGGUAUGAUGUAUAAUCUCCCCGCCGGAGCAGCAGCUGGGAGCAGCAGUGUCUCUAACUACCCAACCGAUCCGCAGUCCUCCUCCCCGGUGUUGCAGGCCCGCGGCCCCGUGGACCCGCACUCUUUCGAAGGUGUUGCCGCGAUGAGCAAGGAUGGUGUUGAAAAGUCAGACCUACACGUCAGUGCCUACCCGAGCAGAAUGGGUGGCGUUUUUGGGUCCGCUGCGUCGGAGGUAGGAGCCACAACUCGUCCCGGCGGGGAGGAGAAGAUGCCCCUAACCACCAGUAAAGAACAUGAUAGUGGUUCGAUUCAGUCCUCCGGGGAGGGUCCGUCGCUCCAUGCGGAGCUGAUGACGGUGCACCAAUCGAUCGGAGUCGACCACGCCAAGGUACGAAGCGAGGUGACCAGUAAGGACCAGGUGUUCGCCUUUGGCAGUACCGCUCUGGACACGCACGCGGAUGGCAAAGUGCAAGUCUACAAAGUAGGCUUCGAGUUGGGCGGAAAGACAGCAGGAGCGCAAGAAAAGGCUGGUUCCAAAAAUCAGCAUCGCAUACCGACCCGCGACCGGCUAUUGGACAUCGAUAGCGAAAAUUACAUUGCGGAAACAGUCGUGAAUGCGGACGAGUUGAUGAAUCCGACUGGCGACAUAAUUUUUCCGGCAGAUAAUGACCAAAUUUCCAAAGUUAAUACCAGUUCUCUGUCCAAUUCCGCCGACGUUGCGGAUGAGGGAGACGACGAAGACGAGGACGCAUAUAUUUACGCCCCCUCUGAUUCGUCACAACCCACAGAAAAGAAGCCGAGGGAACCCACGAAGAAACAGAUUCGGGCGCAGCAGCGCAAGCAAAGACUGAUCGACUUGAAGGGCGACGACUUUUCGACGGUGCGAAAAAACAUGAAAACGAAGUCGCGGAUCGUCGAGACGUUUGGAACUUCAACGGCGGGAGAUGCUACUGCAGUUAUGCAUCGCAAAAGCGAAAGGAAAAGCAUCGUAGCUAGUGGGAAUAGCACUUCUACAUUUUUUUGAAAGUAGAAAAUUUUGAAAGUUGUCAUGCAGCUGAUGAUACGAACGCAGAUCUAUUUUGCAGAGUCGCAAGUAUUUGUACAGCGAGUGCGAUGCUUUUGCGCAUGAUAAUGCCGGCAGGCGCGGCAAGUAGUGACGCAGGCGCUGUGUCCGCAGCUAGUUCCGCCCCUGGAGCAGGUGCAGAGGGGGUGACGACGAUGCCCUCCGUGUUGGCAAAGUCAGCCAGUGGGAAGCAAAUCCCGCCGGCGAGCGGCCAGGCGGGAGGCAGCAUUGGCGCGAGAAUUCUGAAAACCGCGGAAGACAGCCCGCAGGACAAUUUCAGCACGCCGCCGAAUACAGCAAGAAGCUGAGGAAGAUUUUUACAAUUGUACGAUACGUUUCCAACCUUCAAACAGAUCAAACACUAUACGAAAAUGAUCGAGCACAUAGCUGCACUAGCUACAAUUUCAAACGUUAACAUUUCAAAUGAGUAAUAAAUAUGACACGUUGCUAUUCAUUACCUUCGGCAUUUUUAGUUUUUUCUUCCAAUUAUCAAGAUCAAGUUUUACGGUAUAACGGCAAGCGAUAGAUCUCUACAGUUGUUGCGGGGAUCGAAAGAUAGUUAUCAUGUAGGCUGCGUGGAUAAGCGAAACCCGUACUGUUUUACAGCGUCGAGCGGAUCUAGGUGUUGCUUCAUCUGCACACAAGAAACUUUACUGUACAAUAAGGCUGUUGGCUCAGUUGCAAUCCCGGAAGCAGUAUCAGAUAUAGAUUAGCUAUGUAGCAUCUUUUGAUUA